AUGCUAGUUCCAAGGGAGGUCCACAUCGUAAAUCGAUGCGAACCAAUCAAGUUGAGUCUAAUAGAGAGAGCUAAUCCGGAGAGGGGAGCGCGCGUUGAGCUGGCGUUCUGGAGGGACGGGCACGGUGGGGAGGGGGAAGGUGGUGAGGGGAAGGUGGGGAGGGGGAAGGUGGGGAGGCGAAGGUCGCGGCGCUGCCCUUCCCCGCGACGAACGAUGCGCCGGUGCCAGGUGAGGUGGACGAGGGGGGUGCGGGGAGGGGAGGGUGAGGUGGGGAGGGGGGAGGUGGUGGGUGGAGGGCGCAGUGGGGAGGGGGAGGUGGUGGGGGGAGGGCGCAGUGGGGAGAAGGGAAGGUGGGAGGGGAGGGCGCAGUGGGGAAGGUGGAGGCUGCCGCGCGCACCUCGGGGAGAGAGAGGGGCCAAGCUGAGGUGCUGCGCGGAGAUAGAAGCACAGCGGGCAGCGCUGCCAGUGGUGGCGGGGGAGGGUGAAGGGGUGGAGGCCGCGGGGAGCAGCAGUGCUGUGUGCGGCGAGACGGGGUCGGGAAAACAAUCAGUAUCAAAGAAGUUCCGCAGGUGCUGUGGUGUGGGGGAAAGGGCAGGUGUGCGUGGUGUGGGGGAAAGGGCAGGUGUGCGUGGUGUGGGGGAAAGGGCAGGUGCGUGUGGUGUGGGGGAAAGGGCAGGUGUGCGUGGUGUGGGGAAGGGCCAGGUGCUUGGGACUGUUUCAGCACUCACGGGCCUCGAGCUUUGGGAGCUUGACAAAAGGCUCGCUAAGCUGAAGAGACCGGGCUGGACAAGGGUUGGCUUGUCAUCAUACAGCUAA